UAUUCACGUGAUUCAAGAUGUCAGCCUCCAUCCAAGCGCUAAAAUUUGAAGAAAAAUAGUUGUUUUUUCUCUAAUAACCAGGAUUAAAAAUGGCAGAAUCAAGAUUUUGGGUGGAGGAUCUGUUUCCACCUACAUUUGGUCUAAGUGCAAAAGAGCUUCGGGAUGGAAAGAAAGAUAUAAGGGAUAAACAUUUGAAACGGGGAAUAUCACCAUUGGAUGUGUCGGCCAUUAAGAAUGUAUACGAGCGUGUUAGGAUCAUGACGUUAUUAGAAGAUGAAGAGAGAGAAAAAUUCGAAUUGGAACAAAGGGAAUUUGAUGAUAGACAAUCAACAUUGGAUGGUAAACAAACAACAUUGGAUGGUACACAAUCAACAUUUGCUCAUAAACAAUCAACUAAAAGUAAAAGCUCAACCCUCAAAUCAUUAGACGAAGGUGCUGGAAAAUCAAAAUAUGCGACCAAGACACAUUUUGAACCAGAUACAUCUGUUAAUAUGGACGAUUCCGCAAUUUGGACGAGUAAAGAAAUUGAUGUUCUACGAGAGGUUUUCAAAACAGCCAAAGACCAAAAUCGUCAAAUGAAAGCUGUUAUUAAAAGCCUCUCAAAACAAGUUGAUGAGUUUGAUCAUAAAUUAAAGCACAAAACAAAAAUGCUUGAUUUGCGAACGUCCAAAUUAGGAGAUGUCGUGAAGGCAAAUAAACGUCAAGAUAUUUUAUGUGCAAGUUUAAAGACAGAACUUAUGGAGGCAGAAUCUGUUAUUUCCAAACUCUCGAAUGAAAUUAAAACUUUAACUAAGGAUAAAUCAAUGAUUUAUAAAGAAUUACAUGAUAUGAGACUCGAAUUGGAACAUGAAAAAAUUGAACAUAAAAACACUUUGAUAAAACUAGAAACUGGAUAUAACCAGUUAAAACAGGAUUACAACGUUAAAACAGAACAUUUUAAAACAAUUUAUGAAAAUGAAAUUGAAACAUUGAAUGAUUUGGUGGAUAAAUUGACAAGAGAUUUGGAAAAAGAAAGGCAAGCUCACAGUGUAAGCAAGAAGGGUCUAGAACAUUUACGUAAACAUUUCACAUACUUUGCCCCUGAUUCGGGAAAUCAAAGUGACGUCCUGGGGAAAUUGGAUAUUUGAACUGAAUAUAGGUUUCAACAAGUGUAUUUCACAAUUUUUGGUGCCUAAUUCAGUAAAUGAACUCUCUCAAAGUGAAUACUUAUUGCUUAAUUUAGAAAGUGAUAUUCAACAUGAAUGAGCCAUUUGAUCAUUCCUGUUUAGCUCUUAGAAGUCACUCAUUGAAAUCUGAAAGUCACUCAUUGAAAUCUGAAAGUCACUCAUUGAAAUCUGAAGAUUACUCAUAGAAAUCUGAAACAUGACAUUCAGAAGCAAAUGAAAUGAUUUUAAAAAUUAAUAAAAAAGUUUCUAGAACUUCAUAUAUCUCUGUUUUCUCUAGUUUUAUCCUCUUUACUUCAUUUUACAAUUUGAAAUAAAGCUGAGUCACUUACAAAAUAUUGUCUCAUUUCAAGAAUAACUCAUGUUGAGAUUGAAUCCGCUCAUUUCAAUGAAAAAGUCACAUCUUUUCAUGGAAUAAAACCCAGGGUU